AUGUUCAGAAGUGUAAACAAAUUUUACAAAAGCUCAAAUCGUUAUUACAGCAAUAAAAUUAGUGACUAUUUUAAUCCUUUGAAGUUUACAGGAAUUGUAAUUUAUGUUAAUCGAGAAAAUAUUGCGAAAUAUGAAAAAAAUAUCAUAAAAUAUUUGAAAACUGAUAUUAUUGGAUUUGAUACCGAAUUUGUUAUUGAUAUAAAUAAUUCUAACACAAAGUUUAUAAAUAAUACUGAAAAAAAUAAUUCUUUAAUUAAUAAAAUAUCUGAAAGAAACAUUUUAAAUAAUUUAAAAGAACCUAAUAAAUUAUUAGAAAAAAAAUAUUCUAAUAAUUUAACUAUUACAUAUAAAAAUAAUAAAAAUGUCAAUAAAAUAAAUGUCUUUAAAAAAAAAAAAAAUAGUGAAAAUAUAAAUAAGGAAAAUAAAAAGUUAUGUUUAAUUCAAUUAAGUUCUAACGAUAUUUGCUUUGUUUUUAAUAUUAAUAAAUUAAAAGGAAAAAUACCUCUUUCUGUUAAAGAAAUUCUUGAAAAUGAUAAAAUAAUAAAAGUUUGUCAUGACAUUAAAAAUGACAAAGAUAUGUUUCUAUCUAAUAAUAUUGAAAUAAAAAAUGUUUUUGACUUAUAUAACUAUUCUAUAGAAAAUUUUAUUUAUCCACCUUCUCUGCAAUCUUUAGUUAAAAUAUAUUUAAAAAAGUUUCUUGACAAAAAUCUUAGGUUAUCAAAUUGGUUAAGUGAUAAUCUUAUUGAAGAUCAAAUUCUUUAUGCUGCACUUGAUGCAUAUGCUUCUAGAGAAAUAUAUAUGAUUUUAAAAAGUCAAAAUAAGAUUGAUAUAUCUAAAUUUAUUAAUAUAAAUAUCGAAAAUGAUUCAGUUGAUAUGAAAAGGAAUGCAUUGGAUGCAACUAAUGUUAAUGAAAAUAAGAAUUGUAUUAAGACAAAUAAGGGAGAAAUAAAAAUAAAUAAUGAAAAUAUGAAUGAUGAUAACAAGAAUCGUAAAAUGAAAAGUAAAGAGUUAAUCUCAAAUGAUGAUGAUUCUAAUGAAAAAAAGAAAGAAACAAAAAAAGGUUAUGAAUAUGUGGAAAAGAAUAAGUCAAACAUAAUUAAUAAUUUGAAAAAUGAAAUAAAUAUGAAGUGUUCUAAAUUAAAUAAUAUUACUUUUUUUGAAGAAAUGGUUUUUUCUAAUAAUUCCUAUAAGAAUGUUUUGUAUUUAAAACAUAUAGAAAAAAAUAAUUAUUUAAUUAAGCUUUCCUCUUUUAAUUAUGACGAUGAAAUAAAUUGCUGUAAAUUAAUUUUAAAUUAUAUUGAUAACAAAAUGUUGUAA